UCUUCAAACUCGAGUAUAAGGUUCGGACCUCCAAAGCUUUCAAGUUAAACACAAAUCUAAAUCACUAUACGAGUGAAGGAUUCCAAUCCAACCUCCAAGCUAAGGCGCAUAAGUGCUAAUAGUUUUAAUUAGUGCAGAAUGGAGUCUGUCGACUACCAUCUUCCCUAUUCAAGCCCCUCGUGAUUGUGUUUUGUGCAUAUAUUGAUCUCUCUUAUAUUUUCGACUUUCCCUAACCUAUUCCACCGCAGUUAAAAAUAUGAAUGGUGAUAGAAUUUAGCGAAAUUCGCCUCAAACUCAUCCCAUUGUCAUUCUUAUGCCUUCUAUUUGUUUGUUGUUGCUACCGAAGUACUUACGUAUGAGUCUAUGGGUUCUUGGUUGAUUCUGCAGAAGGAAAAGUGCAAAGGGCCAUAUUUGGGCAGUCUAGUUGGGCUAGAAUGGCCGGGGUUGGGCUCGAGUUACGUAGUGAAAAGGAUUCUGAACUGUUUGGGCUGAACUUAAGCCUCAACUUGGGUUUAAAUCGAUUACCGACUUGGGGAAACAACCAGUAACACUAACACCCCUUUUUCAUAUUCCAAAUUCAUCUUAAUGAAGACUUAUUGGAACGACCAUUAUUAGUAAAAUAAAAUAAAAAUUGGUUUUCUGGAUUGAUAGGUUAAGAAUUUAGAAAACUUACACGAUUGCUUGUCUUAGCAACAAAAAGUUCUUAACUUAAAAAAAAUAUGAUAUAGUUCAAACUCCGAAAAAUAAGUUUAAAAGAUAUACAAGCCCUCCAAAUGCAUUUGGAUGAACUAAUGACUUGUUGUUUGUGAUAUUGGCUACCUAUGAAUAUCAAAUUUGUACGACCGCUUGCAACAAUUAGACAUUUUAUAUUCCUAUUCGCGUCACAAAACUCAUUUGGCAAGUACGUGCCUCAAUUUACAUAAAUUUUAAAAAUAUUUUUUAAAUCAGCAUUACUAUUUAUAUAAUAGUUUUCCAAAAAAACAAUAUUUUGGAAUUUGGAUAGCACGAAAAGAAGUUCCAAAAAAUGAAAAGAAAUGGGAACAUAAUAAGCCGGCGGGAUAAUUCCCGCCCACACCCGCUGUGUUUGAAAGCAACCGGAUGAGUCGGUUCCCCUUUCAACCCGAACCGGUUUCUUUUUUCUUUUCUUUUUUUGUUUGUUUGUUUAAUUCUACUGUAGUUGUAGUUAUUCAAACUCCCCGUGCUCUCGUCUUCCUUCGUCUCCAACUCCAUCCCAGGGUUUCACAGCGCCGUUCACCACCACUUUCUUCCUCUCAGCCGCCCUCGCCCCUCACAGGUGAUUUCUCCUUCCCCUUCUCCACUUUCUCGAACUCUUCAGAUUACUUCCCCGAACCUUUACCUCGCCCUAUUCUAUUACUGCAAUCUUAUUCCGCACAGAAACACUGAGCGCUUCGUCUCCAGUGGGAAGCUAGCUCCGUGCCUGCGUGCUAGCUUUUGCUUUCUCUUUUUUUGUUUUCUCUCGCCGUGAUGUGUUCUGCAUCGAAAUAUGGAACUGAUUGGCGGUUGUUCGUUUUCUUAGGGUUUUUGCUUUUACAUUUGCUAACUGUUGCUAUUAAGUUAGUCUGCUAUUGAGUCCUUAGCUUGAGUUCAAAACAGGAUUAUGCUCAUUUCUCCACUGUUUCAUUUGUCUACUUGGAUUAGUUUUGAAUUGUGCCGCUGUUGACCCGUUUCUCUUUGUAUUUGGGCGAACUGGAUCUGCUUUGCUUCCUGGAGAAUAACAAUGUUGUUGACUUGGGUUGUGGAUUAUUGGUUUCUGGGGCGAUUUGAAGUAUGUGUUAUUGCGAACUUACACGCUCUUCCUUGAUGGGUUUUCAUUAUCGCACCUGAGUGAUAUCAUCCCCUUUUUCGGUGGGUUUUUUGUAGUGGGGUUUUAGUUCUUCUGAUGGUUUAACUGCCUGCAUAUUUGAUGAACUUACAUAAAUCUGCGAGUUCAGAUAUAUGUUGAGCAAGCUCCUAAUAACAUGUCUCUUGUUUUGUAGAUCUACCUAUAAGUCAUGGCAAUGGAAGUCACUCAUGUUCUUUUGAGCGCGCAAUCUAUAGAUGGGAAUGUAAGGAAGCAAGCAGAAGAUAGUUUGAAACAGUUUCAAGAGCAAAACCUUCCUAUUUUCCUGCUAUCACUCUCUGGGGAGCUAGCCAAUGACGAGAAACCUGCCGACAGCCGUAAGUUAGCAGGGCUUAUUCUAAAGAAUGCAUUGGAUGCCAAAGAACAACAUAGGAAGGCUGAGCUUGUCCAAAGAUGGCUAAUGUUGGAUGCUACAGUGAAGGCUCAGAUUAAGUCUUGCCUAUUGAAGACGCUUUCUGCUCUGGAAGUCAAUGCUCGAUCUACUGCAUCACAAGUGAUUGCCAAGAUUGCAGGCAUUGAGCAUCCCCAGAAACAGUGGCCUGAGUUGAUUGGCAUACUUUUGUCAACUAUACAUCAGUUGCCAGCUCAUGCUAAGCAAGCUACUUUGGAGACUCUUGGUUAUUUUGGUGAGGAAGUAUCUCCUGAUGUCGUGGACCAGGAGGAUGUGAACAAGAUUCUCACUGCUGUGGUGCAGGGGAUGAGUGGAUCUGAAGUAAAUAAUGAUGUCAGGCUUGCUGCUAUUCGUGCCCUUCACAAUGCACUUGCCUUUGCUCAAGCUAAUUUUAGCAACGACGUAGAGCGUGAUUAUAUCAUGAGAGUUGUAUGCGAGACGACUCAGUCCACAGAUGUGAAGAUCCGGCAGGCUGCUUUCGAGUGUUUGGUCUCCAUUUCAACAAUGUAUUAUGAGAAGCUGGCCCCUUACAUUGAGGAAAUAUUUAAGAUCACAUCAAAAGCAAUGAAGGAAGAUGAGGAGUCGGUGGCUCUUCAGGCAGUUGAGUUUUGGAGCUCAAUAUGUGAUGAGGAAAUUGAUAUCCUGGAAGAAUAUGGAGGUGACUUCAGUGAAGCAGGCUCUAACAUACCUUGCUUUUACUUCAUCAAGCAGGCUCUUCCUGCUCUCGUUCCUCUCUUAUUGGAGGCGAUCCUGAAACAAGAGGAAGAUCAAGAUCAAGAUGAAGGUGCAUGGAACAUUGCAAUGGCUGGAGGCACCUGUCUUUAUCUGGUUGCACGCACUGUAGGUGACGAUGUUGUUCCUCUUGUAAUGCCAUUCAUUGAACAAAAUAUCACAAAGGAAGAUUGGAGACAAAGGGAGGCUGCAACUUAUGCUUUUGGAUCAAUCUUGGAGGGGCCAUCCAUCGAGAAAUUAACGCCCAUCAUUACUGUGGCUUUGAAUUUCAUGCUGACUGCCCUAAUGAAGGAUCCAAAUAACCAUGUGAAAGAUACCACUGCUUGGACUCUUGGUCGUAUUUUUGAGUUUCUCCAUGGGUCGGAAAUUGACACCCCUAUAAUUACGCAAGAGAAUUGCCAGCAGAUCAUCAUGGUUCUGCUUCACAGUAUGAAGGAUGCACCAAAUGUAGCCGAAAAGGCAUGUGGUGCCCUUUAUUUCCUUGCCCAGGGCUAUGAAGAUGCAGGGGCGUCCUGUCCUCUUACUCCCUGUUUCCAGGAAAUUGUGCAGUCCCUUCUCGCUGCUUCUCAUAGAGAAGAUGCUGCAGAGUCGAGGUUAAGGACUGCUGCAUAUGAAGCCCUGAAUGAAGUUGUGAGGUGCUCGACCGAUCAAACUGCGCAUCUGGUUUUGCAGUUAGUUCAUGUCAUCAAGGAUGAGCUUUUGAAGAGCCUCGAAGGACAGGGAAUUGUGUCUGAGAGAGAGAAACAGGGUGAACUGCAGGGUCUUCUUUGUGGAUGUUUACAGGUGAUCAUUCAAAAGCUGGGAGCUUCUGAACAAACCAAAAAUGCUUUGAUGCAGCAGCAUGCUGAUGACAUCAUGAGACUCUUCCUCAGUGUUUUGGGUUAUAGAAGUGCAACCGUUAGUGAAGAGGCCAUGCUAGCUAUUGGAUCACUUGCCUAUGCAACAGGUCCAGAUUUUGAAAAAUAUAUGCCGGAGCUUUUCAAAUAUUUGGAGAUGGGCCUUCAAAAUUUUGAGGAGUAUCAGGUUUGCUCUGUCACGGUCGGUGUUGUGGGUGACAUCUGCAGGGCCUUGGAAGCUAAAAUCUUGCCUUACUGUGAUGGGAUCAUGACUCAACUCCUCAAAGAUCUAUCGAGCAAUCAGCUGCAUCGAUCCGUGAAGCCUCCAAUAUUCUCUUGCCUUGGUGAUAUUGCGUUGGCCAUAGGUCCAGAUUUUGAGAAGUAUCUAAUGUAUGCCACCCCAAUGCUCCAAAGUGCUGCGGAUUUGUCCUCACACACAGAAGGUGCCGAUGAUGAAAUGAUUGAGUACACGAAUGCACUGAGGAGUGGGAUUUUGGAGGCGUAUUCUGGAAUCCUUCAAGGUUUCAAGAGCUCGACCAAGACACAGCUCUUAAUUCCUUAUGCACCACAUGUGCUUCAGUAUUUGGACAGCAUAUACAAGGGAAAGGACAUGGAUGACUUGGUGAUGAAAGCUGCAAUCGGGGUACUUGGAGAUCUGGCAGAUACACUGGGGAGUAAUGCUGGUUCUUUGAUCCAGCAGUCUCUUUUCAGCAGGGACUUCUUGAAUGAAUGUCUGUCCUCCGAUGAUGAAACUAUCAAGGAAUCCGCCGAAUGGGCCAAGUUGGCCAUCACGAAAGCCAUCUCGGUAUGACGAAAGAGGUUUCUGCUCGCUCAGCAAUUGAUGUUCUCUUUCCUUAAGAGAAGUCAUACUCAUACCAGCAUUUGGUGUAUGUACUUCUGAUUAAUUUUUGCUGGUUUGGUUUCUGCAUCUAUCUGCUCAUUGAACAACAAUUUUCAGAUGGCAAAAAUCAUUGGUUUUUGAACAGAUGAAUGUAGUAGCCAGUGGCUGUCGUUAAAUGUUUAGGACAAUACUUGUAAGACUCCCUCUUGGUGCCUUCUGGUUUUACAAGAUCCA